AUGAGUCGUUUGGCGGCUUUGCUCGCGGCGGCGUCGCUACUGGCACCCACCGGAGCUUCAGCAGUUCCUCACGAUAUCGAAUAUCGUGACUUCAGUGAGCUUCCACGAUCUCUCGGAAGCCGGGCCACCGAUCAAUCUCCCAAGGGCUAUGCGCCAUCUACAGUUGAUUGUCCUAGCGAGCGCCCGGUGGUUCGUCUUGGCUCUACUUUGAGCCCCCAGGAGAAGGAAUGGCUGCCCCGGAGACGUAAUGAGACCAUUGCGCCUAUUCGAGCCCUUCUGGACCGCAUCUCCAUCCCUGGCUUCAACAGUGACAGAUAUCUAGCCAACGUCGAGAAGGAUCCCAAGGCUUUGCCCAACAUUGGCCUGGCCGUCUCUGGCGGUGGCUACCGUGCUUUGCAAAACGGAGCUGGAGCCAUUGCCGCCUGGGACGCUCGAUCGGCCGAUGCCAACUCGACUGGUAAACUGGGCGGUCUGCUGCAGAGUGCAACCUACAUUUCUGGUCUAUCUGGCGGUGGAUGGCUGGUUGGCAGCAUCUACACAAACAACUUCUCCACGGUCCAAGGCAUAAUAGACGCAGGUGCCUGGCAGUUUGACGAGUCGAUUCUUGCGGGUCCCAAAUCCGUCAGCCUGACAAGCUAUUACAAUGAAGUCUUUGACGAUGUUGACGCCAAGGACAAGGCUGGCUUCGAUCGCUCCAUCACCGACUACUGGGGCCGCUUCCUCUCUUACCAGCUCGUCGACGUCGCUAGCGGUGGCCCUGGCUACACCUUCUCUUCCAUUGCCGAGGACCCUGAUUUCAAAAACGCAAAGGCGCCCCUUCCUUUCCUGGUCGCCGAUAGUCGCCCGCCUGGAGAGACCAUCAUCUCCAACAACUCCACCAUCUUUGACUUUAACCCCUGGGAGAUGGGUUCAUCCGACCCGACUCUGAAUGGCUACAUCCCGCUCAAGUACGCCGGCUCCAAGUUCAACAACGGCGUGCUGCCCAAGAACGAAUCUUGCUUUGUGGGAUUCGACAACGUCGGCUACAUCAUGGGCACCUCCAGUACUCUCUUCAACCAGAUCAUCCUAUACCUCCAAAACGACAAUGGCACAAACUCCAUUGUUCCCAAAGGUAUCCCCGAUUUUGUCGUAAAGAUUCUCGCUGGUGUUUUAACUGGGCUCGGAAACGACAACAAUGACAUUGCCGACUGGACGCCAAAUCCCUUCAAGGGAUGGAACAACAAGACCAACCCCUUUGCCGACAACAACCGAUUGACUCUUGUGGAUGGUGGCGAGGAUCUGCAGAACAUCCCCUACCACCCUCAUCUGCUGCAGGAGCGCAAGGUUGACGUUGUGUUUUCUGUCGACUCGUCGGCCGAUACCAAUGGCUGGCCCGAUGGUGCCUCUCCCAUUGCCACCUAUGAGCGUGCAGUCACCAAAAUCUCCAACGGCACUGGAUUCCCCUAUGUCCCCGGCAGAGAGACUUUCCUCAACCUCGGGCUCAACACCAAGCCCGUCUUUUUCGGCUGCAACUCGACCAACGUGACGGACACGUCGCCCCUGAUUGUCUAUCUGCCCAACUACCCCUAUCAAUUCCAGUCCAACCUUUCGACCUUCCAGAUGACGUAUGCAAACGACGAGCGAAAUGCCGUCAUUACCAACGGCUGGGACGUUGUCACCCAGGGCAAUGCGACUCGCGACUCCAACUGGCCAGUGUGUGUUGGCUGCGCCAUGCUGUCCCGCAGCUUCGAGCGCACCAAGACUCCCGUGCCCGAAGCCUGCAACAAGUGCUUCCAGCAGUACUGCUGGAACGGCACGAUCCAAACGGGAACACCGGCAGACUACCAACCAAGGAUCUUGGACACGCCCAUCAAGAUUGACAGCAACAUGGGAGCGAGAUCUGCCAGCGGCGCAACGGUGAUGAUGGCGUUGGCGGCAGUCACAUGUGCUGUGCUGCUCAUGUAA